GAAAUUCUAUCUACACCCAGUGAAACCUACAUCAAGAAUAAAGUAAAAAUGAGAAGCAAUUUUUAUUUUCUUCUCUACUUGAGUGUCAAUUCAUUGAUUUGUUUGGUAUAUUGUAAAAGUAUUCCAAGUUCUAAUGCAAAUCGUGACACAUCUACAACUGUCAAGAAUAAAAAUGAAAACUAUCAGAUAGCUGUUAAGCAGAAGAAUGUGGAUGAAGCGAAAAAUUUAGUUCUAAAACUAAUUCAAAAUCAAAAAAAUGAGAUAGUUGGAAUUCUUCAUAAUAAGUACUUAACUUCAGAGAGUCAACAAGACAUUUAUGUUGAACGCAUAUUGACAGUUGGUGAUAAUAUUCAAAUAAUACUAAAUUCUAUUGUUAAAAUAUUUUCCAAAACAUCUGAAAAAGCAUGUUGUUUUGAAAUAAGUAUAAAUGAAGAAACUAAUGAAAUACAAAAAUCUUUAAUUCAAGUUCUCUAUGACUCUCUUCUAUGUUACGUUAGAGAAAUCAGUUUAGGAAAACAGAAUGUCAGUUAUCAAAAUUUUUUAAAUGAUAUUAAUAAAUUAUAUGGUAACCUCUCAUUUAAAUGUGAAUUAGAAGAGAAUAAAUGUAUGUAUAACAAUGAAAAUUUUAACUCUGCAAAAGGUUUGUUUAAAUUUGUUCUUUUAAUUCGUUACAUGGUUGUUAAGUCUAUUCAGAAUUUAAAACUACAGCAGCCAAAUGUUAAUGGAAUAACUUUAAAUUUGAUUAAAAAAACAAUGAAGGAUGUAAUUUUAAACAUGAGGAAUUUAUUUCAAAAACAAACGUGGUCUUCUACUUUCUUGAACAAGACUAAUAAACAAUUAGGAGCUAAAAUUAUGCAGAUUAAAGAUGAGUCAAACAAGAUUGCACAAAUUUUUAAAAAUAUAACGCAUGAGACAUCAUCAGCAGGGUCUGCAUCCACUGAUAUAAAUCUGACAGGAUCAACUCUACCCUCACAACAAACUGGUUCAAACGAAGAUUUAAUUUGGCCUAAGUAUACAAGUAACACUACAUCUGAUAUUGAGAGACGUGCAACAUCACCAGCAGGGUCUGCUUCCACUGACAUAAAUCAGACAGGAUCAACACUACUCUCACAAGAAACUGGUUCAAACGAAGGCUCCACUACGACCAAUCCUACAAGUGAAACUACGUCUAAAUUGAACAUAAGUGAAACAUCAUCAGCAGGGUCUGCUUCCACUGAUAUAAAUUUUCCAGAAUCAUCCCCAGUCCUACAAAAAACUGGUACUAACGAAGGCUCCACUACGACCAAUCCUACAAGUGAAACUACGUCUAAAUUGAACAUAAGUGAAACAUCAUCAGCAGGGUCUGCUUCCACUGAUAUAAAUUUUACAGAAUCAUCCCCAGUCCUACAAAAAACUGGUACUAACGAAGGCUCCACUACGACCAAUCCUACAAGUGAAACUACGUCUAAAUUGAACAUAAGUGAAACAUCAUCAGCAGGGUCUGCUUCCACUGAUAUAAAUUUUACAGAAUCAUCCCCAGUCCUACAAAAAACUGGAACUAACGAAGGCUCCACUACGACCAAUCCUACAAGUGAAACUACGUCUAAAUUGAACAUAAGUGAAACAUCAUCAGCAGGGUCUGCUUCCACUGAUAUAAAUUUUCCAGAAUCAUCCCCAGUCCUACAAAAAACUGGUACUAACGAAGGCUCCACUACGACCAAUCCUACAAGUGAAACUACGUCUAAAUUGAACAUAAGUGAAACAUCAUCAGCAGGGUCUGCUUCCACUGAUAUAAAUUUUACAGAAUCAUCCCCAGUCCUACAAAAAACUGGUACUAACGAAGGCUCCACUACGACCAAUCCUACAAGUGAAACUACGUCUAAAUUGAACAUAAGUGAAACAUCAUCAGCAGGGUCUGCUUCCACUGAUAUAAAUUUUACAGAAUCAUCCCCAGUCCUACAAAAAACUGGAACUAACGAAGGCUCCACUACGACCAAUCCUACAAGUGAAACUACGUCUAAAUUGAACAUAAGUGAAACAUCAUCAGCAGGGUCUGCUUCCACUGAUAUAAAUUUUACAGAAUCAUCCCCAGUCCUACAAAAAACUGGUACUAACGAAGGCUCCACUACGACCAAUCCUACAAGUGAAACUACGUCUAAAUUGAACAUAAGUGAAACAUCAUCAGCAGGGUCUGCUUCCACUGAUAUAAAUCAGACAGAAUCGUCCCUACUCUCUCAAGGAACUGGUUCAAACGAAGGCACAACUAGGACCAAGCCAAAAAUGUAUUGGUUAUAUUAUUACUAUUAUUUGAUUAUUUUAUAAUGAAUAAUAAAACGGAGGAAUAAAAUAAAAUUAUUGAUUUAAAAUAA